UUGUUUGACAUGGCGCGCAGUUCGUCUAAACGUGCGGCUCCUGAACCGCCUAGCCGUCAAUCAAAGAGGGCAAAAGCAGCUAGGAAGUCGUACGCCGAGCCUGAAUCCGACGAUGGGGCCGACGACGCCAUGAAUCAGAAACCCCAGAAGAACAGGAGCACCAGGGAAGAGUCGGACUUUGAUGAUGAUGAAGUGGGCGAAGCUGUGCCAACAUCUGAAUCCGAUGCUGAGGGGUCGGAUAGCGAGGCAAAUGACCCACCGACAAAAAGCACCGGCAGCAGGGGACGAACCAAGAGUGGCAAAGCAGAACUCUGGAGAGACGGAGCGAAACUCGAACUCGGGAAACAAGUCGUCAUCAAAAAGCCAAAAGCACGCGAAGCUGGCAACGUUGCAUAUACGGACGAAACCAUCCACCCAAACACGAUGCUCUUCCUGGAAGAUCUUCGCAACCACAAUGAGCGCCAGUGGCUGAAGGCCCACGAUGCCGAUUAUCGGACGUCGCUGCAAGACUUUACAUCUUUCCUAGAAAAGCUAACGGACAGGAUCUCGGAAGUCGACACGACUAUCCCGGAACUUCCGGUCAAGGAUAUAAUUUUCCGCAUAUAUCGAGACGUCCGUUUCUCAAAAGACCAGACCCCUUACAAAACUCAUUUCUCAGCUGCAUGGAGUCGUACGGGCAAAAAAGGCCCUUACGCAGCCUACUACGUCCAGAUUGAACCCGGGGGUGGCAGCUUUGUGGGCGGAGGACUCUGGCAGCCGGAAGCCGGGGCAUUGAGCGCACUGAGACGCGACAUCGACCGUAGGCCACAAAGGAUCAAGCAGGUCCUCAACGAUGCGGGGAUGCGGCAAUGCUUCUUCGGCGGGGUUGGGGCCAAUGACAAGAAGACGGUGAAGGCGUUUGUGGGACAGUCGAUGAACAGCAGCACGGCGCUCAAGAAGCAUCCCAAGGGCUACGAUGCAAGUCACAAAGAUAUCGAGCUGCUUCGACUUCGAAGUUUCACGGUGGGUGCCAAGCUGGGCGACGAUGAAGUGGUGGGAGCGGGAGGAUUGGAUCGGAUUGCGCGGGUGAUCAGCUCCAUGGUUCCGUUUAUUAGCUACCUGAACGGAGUGGUGAUGCCGGAUGAGGAAUCGUCGGGGUCGAGCGAAGACGAGUCGGAAGAGGACGAGGACGAGGACGAGGACGGGUCGGCUAGCGUGGAAUGAAGCGAGGCGAGGAAGAUGGGGAAGGACGGCGGCGAUUGGGUGGCGGUUGCGCGGCGCCGCUGUAAGCGCUGCUUGGGUUAAUUGCAUGCACGCAUGCAUGUACAGCAGCAGCAGCAGGUAUAUAUGUAUGAUGCGUAACAGUUGGACAUGUUGAUUGGGCGACUGUGUGUGACGUGCUGUACGCAUGCACAGUGAUUGACUGACUGAUUGAUUAAUAGAUUGACUGAAGGAUGGGGUCGUUGAUGUUGUCAAUGGUGGUGGUGGUGGUAGUGGUGGUGAUGAUGUGGCCAGCCGAGGGCAGUGGCGCUGGUGGUUGCAUCCAGCGUGUGCAGGCGGGCAGGCAUGCUCCGUCUCGUUCCCUCCCUCCCUCGUGCAUGGGCCAGGUCCUGCCUGACAAGCGCCGCAUUCAAGUUCGGUCAUGUGAGCAGCAAAAAAAAGUGGGCUCGUUGCAGUCGUCAUGUUCGGCGACGAAAAGGAGGUUGCGUGCGUUGCAUUAGCGGCCAUUUCAUUCAUUCAUGGGGCCAUGUGAGCCCCCCCCCCCCCCCCCAGCAAAGAUCGUAGCGCCAAGGAAGCGUAAUAGAAGAGUGAGUAAGCAAGCAAAAAAAAAAAUCUUUGAUAAUUAAAUUGGAAAUAAUCUUGACCAGGUAAAAAACGAGCCAGAGUCGGUCGGCGGGGUUGUGCUUGGCCGGCGAGGCAAGGGAAGGCAGGCAGGCACCCCAUGUUAUGUCCACACACACGCACACACACAUACGCACACUUGGCUCUCCGUCCGGACAGACACACGGCGGCCCGCCCGCCAAUAUUAGCCGCAGCCGGCCGCUGUCGUCUGCUUGCUUGCUUGCUUGCUUGCUUGCUUACCCCAUCCAUCCAUCAUCCCUCGUUGAUUUCCACCCAUUUUUGCCUGCCGAUGCCUGAUCGAUUCGCUCUGGCUAGGCGGACGGUGAGACUUGAUUGAUUCGAUUCACUAUAAGCAAACCCUUGGCUCCAUCUGUACUUGUGUAUCUAUCUAUGUCAACAGCCAGCCAGCUGCCUGCCUGCCUGCUUGCUUGCUUGCUUUGGUGGGUCAACUCACUUGCUCAACUGUUAUUUAUUAUUUGACCAUCUGCCAUCUAUCCACUACCUACCUACACACCGCAACCAGAGUAGCGAUACUACACAAACAGUCUAUCGAGCAACCACGAACAAGGACAUGGCCAACCAAAGGAAUACCCGAGUCCC